AGCCAGCGAGUCAUUCCGCCGCGAGCCGCCGACCGCGCCGCCCGUCCGCGUCGCACCAUGAUCGAUUACGCGCGUCCGUACGACCCCAACAUGUGCGAGCUGUACCCCGCCCCGCCGGCACCCGCACGCCUCGAUGACUUCCAAGUCUUCAAAAAAGGCACCGCUUCCUAUAUCUACGGAAACUACUACUCCAAUCCGACUUACGAUCCCUAUACCGAACCGGAGAUUGAUGGCAGUGUCAAUGUGUACCACAACCUCGUCACCUCUCGCGAGUGCCACCGCGAGGACUGGCGAUACAAGAUGAUCGGCAACUGGAACGAGGACGACACCGCCGCCUGGAUCCUUGACACCACACAGUCCAUGGGAUUUACAGAACUAGAUGUCGCGUACUACAACUUCAGAAUCAGUGGCAACAUGUUGAGAGGGAUGAGGAGGGAAGAGUUGGUGCAGAGACUCGCGCAUCCCAGCGUCGACCCAGCCUUGACCAGAAGAAUAGGAGAUAGCAUAUUCGACAAACUACAGAACCAACUCACAGAGGAGAUGUACAGACAAUCCACAGUACUUAGAUACGCAGAGAGUGAAACAUAUUCACAGGAUGCAGUACAAACAGUGCUAGACUUAGACUCUUUGGAUCACAAAAACAGACUGUACGCGGCAGAUUACAAACCAGUAAAUGAGAACAGCAUCCUAACAGCAGCGUGCGACUCCAGUGACGACGCCGAGGAUGUGUUCCGCUCAUCAGAGACCGCCUCCCCUGAGUACUGCUACGGCAGCGACGGCAGCAAGUCUGGCGAUGAGGACGACAAAAGGAAAAUGUUCAAGAGACCUCCAGGACGACCGAAGGGUAGUGGCAAGAAGAUCUGCAAGCGUCCCCGAAGUGUCUCCGUGCCGGAGUUCCUUAGAAACCUGUUACUGGAUCCGGAGUAUUGUCCACGAAUAAUCAAAUGGGAGGACCACUCACAGGGGAAAUUUAGGUUUGUGAAACCAGACGAAGUAGCCAAGCUGUGGGGCAAGCUGAAGCAGAACGACAACAUGACCUUCGAGAAGUUCAGCAGAGCCAUGCGGUACCACUACCGGCAGAACGUGCUGGUGUCCGUGCCCACCGCGCGCCUCGUCUACCAGUUCGGCGUCAAGGGCCCCGACUUCAAGACCGACAACCCCAACUUCAUCAAAGUCAAAUCAGAAUUAGAUAGCUACGAAAUGUACUCCUAGUUUAAAUAAUUAUAGUCUGUUGAAAUCUCGCUCAUAAGACGGUUGGUAACGAGUGCGAAUGUAACGAAGAUAGGUUAAUUAGUAGAUAGUUAAUGUUUGGAAUAUGAUGUCGAUUCUGAAGAGGGUAUGUUAGAUGUAACGAUUUGAGGUCCUGAAAGCUAUCGCUGACUCCAGGUGAUUAGACGUUGCUCAAGGUGAAGUGCCAAAACUGAACUGAAAAAAAUAUUAUCACCGUGACUAUUUUGUUGAUAUUCAAUGUAUUUAUUGCUCACAUUUGGCAACAUUAACAGGGUGUAACAAGAUAUACAUAUUGCCAAUGAUAUACUAGUAGAAUAGUAUUUAGUUACUUAAAUCAAGUAUUUUGGACAUGGUGUAAUGUGCAAUACGGAGCAUUGCGGCGAUAGCAGGACUCGUCGGCUAGCUAGGUGUCUGGGAUGUUAUGAGUGUGACUAGGGAUAGGCUCAGUGUUGGCUCGGUAGUACUUAUCGAUGGUUGUCGUACAUGUUCUGUGGCAUGUCCCGUCAAUUAAAGGUUGUAAACCCUUGUUGAAGUGUCCAUAUUAUUUCUUAAGUACAUAUUUUUUUAUGAAUCGUUUUUACCCUCGACGAGACUCUCGUGGUGUAGAACUACGAAUUUUUGAUAAAAUAUUUUUGAUGUUUUCAUUGUUGUUACCAUUUUUAUGAGAGUGAACAUUAGUAAUAGUUGAACAAAUAAGAACAUUCCGAUUUUAUUUAUGUUAAUGUCUGUAAGUUAUAGAUAAGUUGCAAAGUUAGUAAGUCUAGGUAAGUCGAAGAUGCCAUACUGUUUCAAGUAUAAUUGAUGUACUUAAUUUUCUUCCUCGUGUUUAGACCGUCAUCGUUCUCAGUUCAUUUCAUUUGCCACGUCCGCGUGCUCACGUGGUGGGUUAGAGUCGACAAAUUCUUCAUUGUUAUUUAAAAUCUCAUCUCAGUGUUAGUUAAAAUGUUAUUAUUAAGAUAAAUUGGCGCAAAUUUAAUGUGCAAUAAAAGUGACAAGAAAAAAGAUCUGCAGGCCAAAGAUUAGUUUCGACAAAAGAGAUAUGUUAUAAGGUUACAAUAAAAUGUAAUUUUUUGACAAUUUUAUUAUAAUGUAGCAUUAAGUUGGACUCUCAGGCGAUUGCUGUGAUGUAAGAUAAAUUAUGAAUCAUUGUGUUUCUCGUUUCUGUAUUAUAGUCUAUCUUUCUUUUACCAUCUCUAUAUUUAAGAUUUACAGUAAGAUUACUUUCACAGUUACUUGUAGUUACGUUUUAUCACAAAUUACUUGAAUUAUUUCUAGCCUAAUCUAGUUACCACUAUUUAAGAUUUUAUUAUUUACCUACUUCCAAUCAAUCAGUACAAAGACUGUGUCUUACAAUGCAACGAGAAUAUUAUUUGACGAACAAGUAUAUUAAAUAUAAAGACGCGGAGUUGUGACUAGCUAGUCUACUGUUAUUUAAACAACUACUACCAUUUCACUACAACUAUUCUACGUUAUGCAAAUGUCAUAAUAUUUUUUCUAUAUUAUAAGAGUCCUUUUUUCUUUCCUGUUUUUACUGUUGCUUGUAUUUUUUCCUGAUUCAUAACAUUGACGUCAAGAAUCAUAGUGUUUACCUUAAACAGAAAAAUUGUUACCUAUGUGAGUCACAACCCCGCGCUAAAUAGAGGGGGCAGCAAACACAUUGCUCCAUAUAUUUGAACAUUCUUUUAUAUUUUGUAAAACAACCAUCAACUCUCUUCACACGUUUGUAGGUUUAAGAAACUAAAGAUAUACGUAAACUUGUGUGUUAUCACAAUUAGUCACUAUGACAAAAAUCAAAGUUUACAUUGAUUGAGUCUUUGAAUUCUUUAGAUAAUGAAACUAUGUGGUACUUGUCGUGGUUGUUAGAUUCCUGUAACUUUUUACUUUUCCAUGGAGCUCUGUGUUUCGUCAAGUCCCCGUAUUUACAUUUUUAAUGUUACAAGGUGCAUAUUACCAGUACUGUAGAGUAUAAGUGUUGACAUUGUUCUCAUAAUAACACCUCUACCUGCCUCUACAGACUGCUUUCCUCUACACAUUGCUGUUUCUGUAUAGAAAUUGUCAUCAAUGUCAUGUACAUCAUCAUCAUUGUACAUCAAAGUCUGUAGAGGUAUAUAGAGGUGACUUCGUAUUUCUUUCCCUAGAUAUAAGAUCCUGUUGUAAUGUGCAAUCAAACGCAAUUAUUGUAAUAUUUCUGAAAUUAUGUGAAACAACAAGAGAAUUAUACGAUUUAUGAAUGUGAAUCUAAAAA